CCCCUUCCUCAACAUGCUGCUGUAUGCCGGCUACAGCCGCGGCAGCGGCAAGUACCUCAUCUACACGAACAUCGACAUCGGCCUCCAGCCGCCCUUCUACCUCAAGCUCGCCCGCCAGAUGCAGGUGAUGCCGGGCGUGCCAAUCUCGUCCAUCCGCGAGGAGUUUGAGCAUGUCGAGCCCGCCUUCGGCGUCGAGCACGCGAUCGCCCGCCGCGGCACCGGGCUGCAGCACCCGGGGCACGACUGCUGGGCCUUCCCGCGAGAGUGGGUCCCGCGGUUGAUCCUCGGCUUCACCCUCGUCGGCGUCUCGAUGGUGGCCACCUCGCUGAUGCAGGCGCUGCACGCGCUGUCGGGCUGCCGCAUGUCCCUCCUCUCGCCAAAGCUCACCUUUCACUUUGUGGACGGCGACUCUGUCGUCAAGCACCCCUCCAACCAGCGCGCGCGCAACGACAAGAUCUUCACCGGCCUCUACACCGCGUGGAACUGCGCGCAGUUCGCGCGCGACCGGCGCGACGUGCUCGAGGUCUACCCGGAGUACAACCAGUGCUGGUUCUCGCAGCAGGCCGAGUGGAACCUGUACUCGUACCAGUGCGGCACCACGAUCGAGCACCUGCCGCACGAGUUCAAGCUGCUCUGGCAGUCGGCGCACAACCGCACCAUCCGCCCCGCGCACGGCGACUGCAACUUGCCGUCCACGUGCGCAAAGUGCCGCGGCCGCGACGGCGCCGCGAGGCCGGGCGCGGACAUGAUGGCGCCCGCCCCGUGCGCUUUCUGCCGCUGCAGGGGAGACCUGCCGACGCCGCCGUAUAUCACGCCGCCGAAGCAAGUGGCGCGCCCAGCGACCGCAGGCGCAGCCGCCGGCCACCGCGCGGCCGGCAACCACAGCGUGCGAAAGGGCGCGCCAGCGCUGAGUGCAGUCGUCAGAUGAGAGGUUAGCUCAAUUUAGAUUCCCAUUCAGAUUUGAAGAGUUCAGACUUUGAGAUUAGAGGUGGGGUGUGUGUUGAUGCCUUAUGAUGUAUACACGUGUACGUCAGUAUGUAGCUACUGGCACAGAGAGCUUACGCGACUGACCGAACGCCUCUCACGCCCGGAGACCCUGCGCGCCGCGCGGGUUGUUGCACGGAUUUAAAUGGGCCAAAAGGCAAAAGCGUC